CCCCCAGGAGUUAUUAACUUUAGAGCACAUCUGAUUUCCUCCUCUUCGGUAGACGCUUAGGGAGAGGAGCAGGAGGUUCUUGGCUGGGAUUGCACCGCAAGACCUCAUCUCUCCGUACCAACUCCCCCAGGAGCCGUCUUCCACCCUGUAUCUUGAAGGUCUUCCUCCAGCGUAACCUGGAGUUUGAUAUCCACGUGGUUGUCCUCAGCCUCUUAAGGGAACCACAGCCUCCCUGUCAGAAGCCCUCUGUUUCCAGCUUUGCUUUGGGAUACACCCGCAGGGACCUGUCUGGAUCCUUCUCCUAGUUUCCCCUCAGCAUGCAGGUGAAGAGCUUUGCAGCAUGGGACUAUGUUGUCUUUGCAUCCCUCUUUGUUAUUUCCUCGGGGAUCGGGGUGUUCUUUGCCAUUAAGGAGAGGAAAAAGGGAACAUCUAAGGAGUUCCUGGUAGGCGGCAGGCAGAUGUCCUGCGGCCCUGUGGCCUUGUCCCUGACAGCUAGCUUCAUGUCGGCGGUCACGGUCCUGGGGACCCCUUCCGAGGUCUACCGCUUUGGUGCCUCCUUCAUCCUCUUCUUCAUCGCCUACACAUGUGUUAUCAUCUGCACAUCGGAGCUCUUCCUCCCUGUGUUCUACAGAUCUGGCAUCACCAGCACCUAUGAGUACCUACAGCUGCGCUUCAACAGACCAGUUCGCUACGCAGCGACUUUCAUCUACAUCGUGCAGACGAUCCUCUACACGGGAGUGGUGGUGUAUGCGCCGGCCCUGGCACUCAAUCAAGUGACCGGGUUUGACCUGUGGGGCUCUGUGUUUGCCACGGGGAUUGUCUGCACGUUCUACUGCACCCUGGGAGGAUUAAAAGCAGUGGUGUGGACAGACGCCUUCCAGAUGGUGGUCAUGAUUGUGGGCUUCUUAACGGUUCUCAUUCAAGGAUCCAUUAAAGUUGGUGGGUUCCACAACGUAUUAGAGCAAGCAGCAAAUGGGUCCCGACUACAUAUAGUUGAUUUUGACGUAGAUCCUCUCCGGAGGCACACUUUUUGGACCAUCUCAGUUGGAGGAACUUUUACAUGGCUCGGCAUUUAUGGAGUAAAUCAGUCCACCAUCCAGAGAUGCAUCUCUUGCAAAACAGAGAAGCAUGCUAAGCUCGCCUUGUACUUUAACUUGCUGGGUCUCUGGAUCAUUCUGCUGUGCGCGGUCUUCUCCGGGUUAAUCAUGUACUCCUAUUUCAAAGACUGCGACCCUUGGACUUCUGGCACCAUCUCCGCACCGGACCAGCUGAUGCCGUAUUUUGUCAUGGAGAUAUUUGACACCAUGCCAGGGCUUCCAGGACUUUUUGUGGCCUGUGCUUUCAGUGGAACUCUGAGCACCGUGGCUGCCAGCAUCAAUGCCUUAGCGACCGUGACCUUUGAGGAUUUUGUCAAGAGCUGCUUUCCGCGUCUCUCAGACAGGACGAGCACCUGGACCAGUAAAGGCUUAUGUCUCCUGUUCGGCGUCCUGUGCACAUCCAUGGCCGUGGCGGCCUCCCUCCUGGGGGGCGUCGUGCAGGCUUCACUCAGCAUCCACGGCAUGUGUGGGGGACCCAUGCUGGGCUUGUUCUCCCUGGGACUCCUGUUCCCGUUCGUGAACUGGAAGGGUGCACUGGGCGGCCUCCUCACUGGAAUCACCUUGUCCUUCUGGGUGGCCAUAGGGGCCUUGGUUUACCCUGCACCAGACUCCAAGACUCGGCCUCUGCCUUUAUCUACGGAGCAGUGUGUCCCCACAAAUGCGACCACAGUGGCACCUCUGGUGCCAGCCAGCAGGCCCCAGCUCGCCGACACCUGGUACUCGCUGUCCUACCUGUACUACAGCGCAGUGGGCUGCAUUGGGUGCAUUCUGGCAGGACUGCUCAUCAGCCUUGUGACAGGUCUCCAGGAAGGCAAAGAUAUCAACCCACUCUUAAUUAGACCAGUGUGCAAUUUAUUUUGCUUUUGGUCUGAGAAAUAUAAAUCUCUGUGCUGGUGUGGAGUGCAGCAUGACCGCUGGCCCGAGCAGGGUAGCCUUGAGAAUUGCAGUACCUGGAAACAUGUGGCAGCACCUGUGCUCCAGAAUGGGCUCAGGGGAGAAAGCCUGGCCCACGCCCCAAGGCGCAGUACCAAGGAUAAAAGCUACGACAAUACAGCACGGGAGAAGAUGACCCAUUUCUAGGACAAUGCAUGCAUGUGCAUGUGUGUGUGUGUGUGUGUGUGCACUCACGCACAUGACACACAUACUCCUUGCCUAUCAUUAGUGGACUUAUGUGGUGGUCAUAGUGAGGGAGCGAGAUUGUUCAGUAACUAUUUAUGUACUUUUUAUACAAAAGAACAUCUCUUUCUUGGGAUAGUCCUUGGAAAACCCCACAUUCCAGGUGAGAAAAACCAGCCAAGCCUUAAGGAUAA